GCAAGGACGAGGUCAAUCGCCAGAACGCCAUCAACGAACUCAUAAAGACGGAGAGAGGCUACGUAGACACACUGGAAGUGCUCACCAAAGUGUUCAUGGAGCCUAUGAAGCGCAAGAAACUCAUUGACAACCGAACCGCCAUGCGCAUAUUCUCCAACCUAG